ACACAUCUCAUGAGCGGCUCCUUGGCGUCUUUCCAAGAGUCGUGGGAACGGUGGACUACACGUGCAACCUCCCAGCUAGCGCCAAUCAAGGAGAAGCUGAAGGACACGGCUGCGCAGGUUGCUGGCAUUGCUGAGAUAAUCGAAGAACUUCGGGAUGAUCAUAAGCGGCUGGCGGUGAAGACUACAUGGGUGACUCAAGUGAUCCUCGAUCGUGUUCCACCUGAAGGGGCCGCAGACGAGAGGGUGGAAGCAGUGAUUAAGGAACUUACUAAGAAAGUAUCAGAGAUCGAUGAAUUUCUGCGUUCCCGCUGGAAACGAGAUCGUUGGGAUAUUUGGACGAGAAUGCAGAAGAUAAGGAAGCAUCACGAGGGUCUUGAUGCUCUCAGGCUACGGUCCUUGGAGAUUCACACUGUGCUGUUACGCGAUGUGGUUGCUGGAUCGCUCGCUCACCAAGGUCCUUCUCUGAUCGAUAUUCCACCCACGCCCCAGGCGUUCUGCGGCAGAGAGCAAGUGGUGGAGUCGAUCAUCCAGCUCCUGCUUCAAGACGAGGCUUGCCAUGUGCCUCUGCUGGGCACGGGGGGCAUCGGGAAGACAUCGGUUGCGCUUGCCGCCAUCAACGAUGAGCAAGUCAAGGAACGAUACGGACGUCAUAUCUAUUUCCUCAGCUGUGACGCCGUCGAUUCCGAAGAAGGUCUGGUAAAUGCGCUGGCAGGAUUCUUCAGCAUUCCACGCGAUUCGAACAGGCGGACAGCCUUGCUCACACAUCUUGCUUCCCUCAGCCGCGCGCUUCUUGUGCUGGACAAUCUAGAGACAGUCGCACAAUCAGACAGGCACCGUCUUCGGGAAUUGUUCGGCCGAUUCGACCGAGUUUCCUCACUGUCAGUGGUUGUCACGAUGAGAGGAACGCAGGCACCCGAGGGGCUAAACUGGAGCGAGCUGGUCCCGCUUCGGAAGCUUUCUCUUCAAGCUGCCCGCCAGAUAUGGGUCAAGAUUUCAAAGAAGACGGAUGAUAAAUUGGACGAGCUCCUCGAGAGACUGGAUGGACUGCCGCUCGCGAUUCAUCUCAUGGCAUUGCAAGGGAAAGACCUGGAUCCAUCCAUCCUGUUGGCUGCUUAUGAGCGGGAAGCUUUCAAUUUGGUCAAGGCUGCAGGUACGGGCCGAUCGGACAGCCUGGAGGUCUCGAUUCGACUUUCUCUCGACUCGAGGUUGAUGGCGAAUCAUCGUGACGGCCGGCCAUUACUUUCAGUCCUUUGCCUGUUACCCGAUGGAGCACACAUCGAGUCGCUGCCAGCCCUGAUGCCGUCGAUGGAACGGAACGUCACAGCGACGGCGUUGGUCCUGCUUCGGUGUGGACUUGCGUACCAGGACAGCGGCCGUAUUCGAGUUCUGUCCCCGAUCCGCGAUUUUAUUCUCGCACAGUAUCCGCCAAAGGGGACGCCCCUGAACGAUGUGGCAAAACACGUCAUGCAACUUGCGAAUAGGGCGUACGAAUAUGGAGAAGAGAGCAGCGCGGAAAUGAUCGAGCUGCUUGCAUCAGAGUUUGGUAACAUCAACGCAGUGUUGUUGUAUGUCUGCCAGGCAAAUGUUCCAGGGUUUGCACUGGACAUAUACCUCCAUGCGACCGUUUCACUGGCAUACUUCUCGAGGAUGACGGGAUACGGUGAUCCUGUUCUGCUCUUAAUGAGGAACAUCGCAAAAUUGAGGGGGUUAACGAGCAGUCGGGGGAUCGCGACGACAGCGAAGAAGGCAAUCCCACGCUUCUUCUCCCGGAAGAAGCAUGGACAAGGUACUUUGAGAAGGCCAGGGGCGAACUCUAUGUUCGAUAAUGGAGACAAAAGGGGCCUGGCAGCAUGUAUGCUAGCCCUGGGCGAUAUCCUGCGCAUGCAAGAUCGGUACGAGGAGGCAGCGGCGCUGCUAAGGGAAGCGAAGGCAGCGUCUGACGCGAUCCGGAACCGCUUCGGUGCCGCCCAAUGCGCUUGCAUUCUUAGUGAGAUCCUGCGGAUGCAAGAUCGGUACGAGGAGGCAGCGGUGCUGCUGAAGGAAGCGAGGACAGCGUUUGACGCGAUCCGGAACCGCCUGGGUGCCGCCCAAUGCGCUCACAGUCUCGGCGACAUCUUUGGCAUGCAACAUCAGUACGAGGAGGCAGCGGCGCUGUUCAUGGAAGCGAGGUCGGUGUAUGACGCAAUCCCGGACCGUCUGGGUGCCGCCCAAUGCUCUCAGAGUCUCGGCGAGAUCCUGCGCAUGCAAGAUCGGUACGAGGAGGCAGCGGCGCUUUUGAAGGAAGCGAGGGAAACGUUUAACGCGAUCCCGAACCGCCUGGGUGCCGCCCAAUGCGCUAGGAGUCUCGGCGAUAUCCUGGGCAUGCAAGAUCGGUACGAGGAGGCAGCGAUGCUGUUGAGGGAAGCGAGGACGGUGUUUGACGCUAUCCCGGACCGUUUAGGUGCCGCCGAAUGCGCUCGUAGUCUCGCCGACAUCCUGCGCAUGCAAGAUCGGUACGAGGAGGCAGUGGUGCUGUUGAGGGAAGCGAGGGCGGUGUAUGACGCGAUCCCGAGUCGUCUGGGUGCCGCCCAAUGCGCUUGUAGUCUCGCCGACAUCCUGCGCAUGCAACAUCGGUACGAGGAGGCAGCGGCGGUGUUGAUGGAAGCGAGGGCAGCGUUCGACGCGAUCCCGGACCGUCUGGGUGCCGCCCAAUGCUCUCAGAGUCUCGGCAACAUCCUGCGCAUGCAACAUCGGUAUGAAGAUGCGGCGGUGCUGUUGAUGGAAGCGAGGAAAGCGUUUGACGCGAUCCGGAACCGUCUCGGUGCCGCCCAAUGUGCUCAGAGUCUCGGCGACAUCCUGCGCACGCAAGAUCGGUAUGAGGAGGCAGCGGCGCUGUUGAUGGAAGCGAGGGCAGCGUUUGACGCGAUCCCGGACCGUUUGAGUGCCGCCGAAUGCGCAUGGAGUCUCGGCGAGAUCCUGCGCAUGCAAGAUCGGUACGAGGAGGCAGCGGCGUUGUUGAGGGAAGCGAGGGCGGUGUAUGACGCAAUCCCAGACCGUCGGGGUGCCGCCCAAUGCGCUCAGAGUCUCGGCGAGAUCCUGAGCAUGCAAUAUCAGUAGGAGGAGGCAGCGAAGGAAUCGUUUGACGCGAUCCCGGACGGUCUCCGAGCCGCCCAAUGCGGUCGUAGUCUUGGCGACAUCCUGCACAUGCAAGAUUGUUACCCUGAACCAUUCAACAUUCUCGGGGCAUUUGAGAAGACAUUCGAAGAGCUCGGGAUGACGCGGCAGUUAGCUUACUGCAGGAAGUUCAUUGCAAGUGUUUCCGAGCAACAAGGCAAUAUAUUCGACGCUAGGGAGAUGCAUCUGACGGCAAUAGCGUUAUUUGAGUAUGUGGGGCUCCAUCAUAGAGCGGCGGAAUGUGCAGCAGUACUGCGCAGUUAUCUCUAUGUGAUAUAGUGU